AUGGAGAUAGAUGAGUUGAGGUAUGAAGUACUAAUCCAUCAGGUUUCACCUACCGAGUAUUUUGAACCAUUCACUUCGCCGUCAAAGUGUGUGGGGCAGGGCAUUGAGAAGGCCAUCAAAGGUUCGCAAAUAAUAAUCUUACGGUUCUGCAGUGAAUCUGCACAAAACACUACCUACUACAAUUACCGAACUCACAUGAAAAUAACCCCAAGAAUGAAAUGGACAAAACAAGAUACAGAACUAUUCUACGAGUUGAUAUCUCUUGACAUGGGCGCGCUUAUUGUUGGCGCAAAAUAUUGUGGAGAGUUCGAAGAUCGACUCAAGGCAGUCUUCAAGGAGGUUGCAGAAUCAGACGGCCAGAUUACUCUUUUCAUUGAUGAAAUCCAUACUGUCGUUGGAGCUGGGGCUACCAACGGUGCAAUGGAUGCUGGCAAUCUGUUGAAGCUGAUGCUUAGUCGUAGAGAGUUGAGAUGCAUCGGUGCAACAACAUUAGACGAGUAUUGUAAGUAUAUCGAAAAAGAUCGUUCACUAGAACACCGUUUUCAACAACUUUAUGUUGACCAACCGACAAUUGAGGAUACAGUUUCCAUACAUCAUGGACUUCAUGAAAGAUAUGAACUGCAUCAUGGAGUACGUAUUUCCGAUAAUGCACUUGUUGAAGCUGCAAUUCUUUCAGAUCGUUCCAUCAGUGGACGCUUUUUACCAGAUAAAGCCAUUGUUCUGGUAGAUGAAGCGGCUGCUAAACCUAUUGCACUUGAUGAGAUCAGUCGUGCGGUUUUGAAACUAGAGAUGGAGAGGCUAUCGCUCACUAGCAAUACGGAUAAAGCUUCAAAGGACUGGAUUAAAGGCUUGCACUUAAUGAACAAUACUAUGGUAUAUAAUGAGUAA